CGCCCAUCGCAAGUGCGGGCUCGUCUCGGAGCGGAGACGGCGGAGGAAGGAUCUCCCGGCGUGGAGGCGCAGAACGCAGCGGGGCAAGGGGGGACAACGAUGCCCAAUCGCCGGUAGGCCGGUGCUCCAUUUACGGACACUUUUCCACAUCUUAUCCCGCUCGCCCGAGCCACGAGCUCAGAAGACCCACGAUGCCUUUGAACGGACUCACGAUGGGAAAGAGCGGAACCAUGGUUCUUCUCUGCAUGCUGUUGGGCUCCGGGGAACUCCAGGAGCCGGAGCCGCGGAGGUUGCCACCCCCGCCGGCCAAAUUGGACUUCGGUUACGUGCCCGCCGGAGUGUACGAGACGGUGGCCCACUACGAACCGGGACCCAUCGGCAUUCUGUUCCACAUGGUGCACACUUUCCUGAGCCUGGUGCAGCCUAACGACUUCCCGCAAGAUCUUCUUAUCAGACUGGCCAAGGACAAGUUUGGAGCUCUUCAAACUGAAUAUCAGAAGCCGGAGAACAUAGUGCUGAGCCUGCAGGCGAUCUACUACGAGGUGGGCUUCCUGGUGUGUGCCGCCGUGGGUGUCCUGUUCGCCGUCCUGGUGCCCGUGGUGGGCCUCUUCUUCUGCCUGUGCCGCUGCUGCGACAACUGCGGCGGGGAGAUGCACCAGCGGCAGAGGAAGAAUGCCGACUGUCGACGAGGCUUGCUGGGAACGUUGCUCUUCUCCACCUCGCUGGUCGUCACAAUCGGCCUGUUGUGCGCGUACGCCGCCAACCAGAACCUGAGCGCUCAGGUCAAGAACAUCCGACGUCUGGUCAACAGCAACAUGAGGGACCUGCACGCCUUCGCUAACGACACGCCCAUGCAAAUCGAUUACCUCACCUCCCAGUAUGCCACCGCCAAGGACCAAGUUUUGUACGACCUGGAGAACAUAGGUCCGCUAUUAGGCGGAAGGAUACGCGAUACGUUAGAUAAGGAGGUGGACCCGGCCUUGGAUGCCGUGCUGAAAACAACAGGUGUGAAAAUCGACAGAGCCAUCAAAGCUAUGCGCGAAACCAAGGAGGCCCUGGAGAAUGUGAGCGUGUCUCUGCAAGUGCUGCAGGAGGCCACGGGCAAGCUGGACUUGAACCUGAGCCUGCUCAGGGCCAACAUCAAGCGCUCGCUCAACGACCCCGGGUGCCACGACGAGGAGUCGGACGCCACCUCGGCCCAACUGUGCCGGGGAAUCCGCCGGUCACUGGAGCAGCUGCACAUCAGCGCCAACUUCACGCGGCUUCCCAACGUGAACGCUCAGCUGGAGAAGAUGAACGACGUGUUGAAAACGGACCUCAGCGCCGUCGUCAACAAGGGUUACACAUCCUUGAACGACACGCCUUACAUGGUGAUGGUUCAGACCCGGGGUGUUGUCGACAGGGUGCAGAACUUGGUGGCCGACAUCGGCGGGAACGUGGGCAACCUAUCCAAAGCGUUCCCCGUGCACACCUACUUGUCCAACUUCACCAUCUUCAUCAGCCACGUCCACGCCAAGAUCGAGGACCAGUACCCUGAAAUUGACAAGCUGGACUUCUACAGGUGGACGGGCUGCGUGGCUUUGUGCUGCAUGCUGGUACUGGUGCUGGCCUUCAACUACCUGGGGCUGCUUUGCGGCACGCUGGGCUACGACAAGCACGCCUCGCCCACCACGCGAGGGUGCAUCUCCAACACGGGGGGCACCAUGAUCAUGGCUGGCGUGGGCUUCACCUUCAUCUUCUCCUGGGUUCUUAUGGGCCUGCUGACCGCCAUCUUCCUGGCGGGGGGGAACACGGAGAAGCUGGUCUGCGAGCCCUUCCACACCAAAGAACUCUUUAAGGUGGUGGACGCGCCGUACCUGGUGAACUCCGAGUGGAGGAACUUCAUCCCGGGGUACCUGUACAACGACUCCGAGCUGGAGCUGACUGCAGAGAGCUUGUACAGCACUUGCAAAGAAAACAAAGGCAUUUACUCGGCCCUGCGCCUGGACAAAGUGUUCAACGUCUCGUCUUUCCUCAACGCCACAGUGUUCACCAAGGACGUGGGGGCGCUGCUGAGCAGCGUGAAAAUCGACCUGAGAGACGUCAUCUUGCUGGAAGCGGAGGGCAAGCAGAAUCUUCUGGAUUUCUCUGAGGCAGGACUCUCGGAAACGAACUACGCGGACUACCUGGAAGAGGUCAACAAAGGAAUCACAGUGGUGGACUUGCUUUCGUUUGCCAAAGAGCUGGAAGCCCAGACAGACCUGAUGCCUCGGGCUCUUUUGCAAAGGUCUCUGAAAGGUCACGCGGGCACCGUGCGACAGAUCCACAGCCAGCAGGUGGUCCCCAUGCAGCAGGCCAUGAAAUACGUUAGAGCCAGGAGCGCUCUGAACCAGAGCAUGAGAUUCUUGGAAAGAACCGCCUCAGACCUGCCAAACAAAGUCUUAGCCGUGCUGGAUGCAAUCAAUGCAGCCCAGUAUCUCAUUUCCCAUAAUGCAACACAACUUAUUGACCGGGAAAGUGCAAAAUACACAUCAAAUAUUGUGAGCUACUUCCAUCAAUACAUUGAGUGGGUCAAGACCUCUCUGGCCAUGGAGGUGGCACCGUGCAAGCCUAUCAGCAACGUGCUGGACACGGUGGAAAUAAUCACCUGCAGUUUCCUAGUGGACUCCAUGAACGUGUUCUGGAUGGGUCUCGGCUGCAGCACGCUCUUCCUCAUCCCGAGCAUCGUGCUCGCCGUCCGGCUGGCCAAGUUCUACCGCAGGAUGGACACGGAGGACGUUUACGACGAUAUGGAAAGUGGUAAUAAUGGUUAUCAUAGCGAGCGCCCACAAGGCAUCCUAAACCCCCCCGUGACCAGCAUCCCAACAUACGAUACCAUGAACCGAUUCCCGCGGGCCUCGGCUCCUCCGAGGCACAUCGACUGGUGACCGAGAGCUCACAUUCUCUUGUGGCUCCCGGACCGACAGCUGCCACGGACUCCACUGGAACUAAUAAAAAAAACAAAAAGAAGUCCACGGAAACUGAAGUCAAUGAAACUCAAAAACAGGAUUUUUCUGUGACGACGACGAACUUUCGGAGCCCUUUCAGUGUGUUUUCAUCAUCAUCAUCAUCAUCAUCGGUCCUGCAGGACAUCAAUGGGCCGAAGUCCAUCUGUUUACAUUUCUUUGGACGCAAAAAAAAAAAAAAAAAAUAGCAAACAUCCGGACUGGACUGCAACAAUGAGUGGCAAAGUGGUCACAGGACGGUAACGACGCGCUGCUGAAGGACCUGCUAAUCAGGUAGCUUCGUUAUUCUUGUGGAUGACGGAAAAAUGAGGCUUAUUGUUACGUUUGCAGCAUGUUGGCAUCAACGAAGUGGAAAAAAACUAAACAAAAAGAAACUGGACAAAGUGGAGAUAGCAUGACUUUUAAAUGUUUACAGUAAUGCACAAAAUAACGUCAACCUUGUGGAAAUGUUGGGGCUCAUUACGAAAAGACUGGUUGCCUUUCAGGUUGGCAUUUAUUGCUUUUUAAAGGGACUGUUCGCCCUGCGUAGUGCUCACGCUGUUUUUGAAGUUUCUCAACUCUGUGGGAAGAUGUUUAGUGCAGCCUUUUGGUCUAGUUUUUUUUUUUUUUUUUUGCUGAAGCUGUACGCUCGACUUUUGUCCGCGUUUGUAAAUUUCACUGCACUCUGCGUAAUGAAAUUUGACUGGACCCCGUCCGAUAUCAUCAGGUCGCUAUUUUAUUCAUUUCGCAUUCAAAUUUUGCACGUUCGCAACAAUAUCUCUCUCAAAAUCUCCACAUGGAUCAAAAGUGAUAUAUUUUUCUUCAAUUGUAUUAUUUUAUUUUUUUUGAAGACAUUUUUCCCCACAUGGAUUUAAAUAAUUCAAAAACUAGUCGACGGUUUCAGUUCUCGUGUUUUCUCCAGGCUCUUGUCCUUAUAUUUGUGUAAAAAAAAAUAAAAAAUAAAAAUAAAAAUCGCAGUUGAACCAAAGAGUGACUUUCUGUUAGUUAAGUGAAACAUUCGACAUGACAAAUUAGAUGUCGAUAUUGAAAAAUAUAUGGAUAUAUUUAACGAAAAACGUACUUUUCUCUGUAGGUUGCUAAAUCAACAGCCAACCCCUCCAAUAAAUCUCACCACCUUUUUUUUUUUUUACUGACUGAAGUGGAGAACAAUCACAGAUAAAACAAUCAGUACACCCACAAAUCAAUCAAAAGCUGAAAUAUAUCCUCGAUAGCUAUUUUCGGAAAAGUACUUUCCCUUUGUACUUUGUUUCAUAAUGUCUUCAACAUUUAUAUCUCUGGUGAAUUAGCAUUCAAGGACAAGGUGGAGAGAAUUAUUGUUGUCAAGCUAUUUUUUUUUAACCGUAGAUCUCAGGUUUUUCCCGCUAAUUUCCACUCAUGUUCCUUUUUUUUUUUGUAAUCUAAACUACAUGAAUACAUUUAUCGAAUAUUGAGCUAGAGCAAGCGAAUGUAUUCCACUUAGUUUUUUGUCAUUUUGUACAUUGAACACUAACGCUAAUACGUCCUGCUAAUAUAUCGCCUCCGUGGUUACAGGCUAGUUGCUGCUAAUUGCUGUUGAUGUUUAAAAUAAAAAAUAAAAAAAGACAUUCUGCUUAUGAUAAAAUACGUCAUUUUGGUGUGGAAAAACAAAAUACAUAAGAGAAAAUAAGCAAAAUGACACAGCAAGCUAGUGCCUAGCUAGCAUCUGAAAUCUUAUAAGAUGGCCUACUGUAAAUUCAAGAUUUCUUUGAAAAAAAAAAAAAAAAAAAAAAAACAUCAUCUUGAGGUGAACCAUUCAUCAAAAUGAUGUCAUUUAGUUGAUUCUUGAGGUUUUAAGAACAUUUUUACUCAACUGUUAGCUUGGUUUUAUGCUACAGUUGUACCUUGACUUCUGAGUGCCCCAAUUUACGAGUUUUUCAAGUUACGAGCUGUGACUUUUUUUUGGUUUUGUUUUGGGUUUUUUUGCUUCGUGUUGCAAGCCAACAUUUGAGUUAAGAGUUCAGAUACGCCGCCCCAUGACUAAUGUAAACGAAAAUGAAUGUAGUUUCAGCAGUUUAUUGAACUUGCAAAGAGCUGCUGUAGGCCACGACUCACACGUGGACGCUCACAAGCAGACUAAUCGACUAAAGCUCCUGAUGUCACUCACUCGGCCACCCCCUUAAAGGGACAACCCCAACACAUGACGACAAUGCUUACAGUAAUUACACUUUAUUUCUUUACAUUCUCCUUUAUUAAGUUUUGAUAAAAAUAGAGUCCUAUUUGUAUUUAUUAAAAACGUAACAAAAAAUGGUGGGCGCUAGAAUGGAUGGCAUAUUUCAUUUCAAAGGGGAAUAUUGAUUUGAUAAACGAAUGGAUUGGGUUACAAACUUGGUCACCCAAUGAAUUAAACUUGCAAGUCAAGGUAACACUGUCUUCGGUGCAAAGUAACGUUGAAAUGUCAUAUCAAAAAUGGAAUUUUGAUGGACGGAAAGAACUCUGUUUGACUACCGAUGUUAAUCCAAGUUAGCUGCUAGCGAGAAAGCUAACCGUCCCUUUUUUUUUUUUUUUCUGCGUACAGUUGAAUUAAAUGAAACAUAUUUCCACGCUAAAAUUCUCUGCAUAGCUACAGAGUGCACACAUAUCAUACAGUAAUAUAACUUUUACUCAGCUAUGAUUUUUAGAAGACCUUCCCGCAUGUCUGCUAAUUUUUCUGGCUUAGGGUUUGGUUCUUGCUAGUGGGGGGAAAAAAAAAAAAAAAAAAAAAAAAAUUCCGAUGUGAACCAUUCAUAGAGUGGACAGCGCUUGAUUUUUCUCGAGUGCUUCAAUGUGCAAACUGUGAAUAAAGUUUUCAUUUGCGCUUGGAA